AUGUCACUUCGAUCCUGUACCCCUCGCUUCACCUUCAAGGGCCUGAAUAGCUUGUUCGCUCAAGUGACCCGAUCGAACACCGCAAUCCGACCUCACUUCUCAUCCUUCCAACGCCCGAGUUCAUUGACCACUGUUCCAAUCCGAUCAUACUACGGGCAUAUCUCCGACCACAAAAUGGCACCACAAUUAGAGCCCUACUUCCAAAAAGUAGACGAGUUGGCCGACUCCUUCAUCGACCGCCUGCGAAAAGCCGUUGCGAUUCCAUCAGUGUCUGCAGACGAGGACAAAAGAAAGGAUGUGGUGCGAAUGGGACAAUUCCUCGCCUCGGAGCUUGAGGCCCUGGGCGCACAAGUCGAACAGCGACCGCUAGGAAAGCAACCGGGCAAAGAGCACCUCGACCUCCCGCCGGUGAUUGUUGCGCGCUACGGAAACGACAAGAACAAGCGCACCAUCCUCGUGUACGGCCACUACGACGUGCAGCCUGCGCUGCUCGAAGACGGCUGGGCAACCGAACCGUUCAACUUGACCAUCGACGACAAAGGGCGCAUGUACGGCCGUGGAAGUACGGACGACAAAGGACCGGUAUUGGGAUGGUUGAAUGCCAUUGAAGCGCACCAGAAGGCCGGCGUCGAGUUCCCCGUGAACCUGCUCUGCUGUUUCGAGGGCAUGGAGGAAUACGGCUCCGAAGGACUCGACGACUUCAUCAAGGCCGAAGCGAAGAAGUUCUUCAAGGAUGCCGACGCCGUCUGCAUCUCGGACAACUACUGGCUGGGCACGGAGAAGCCGUGUCUCACGUACGGUCUCCGCGGCUGCAACUACUACUCAGUCGCCAUCUCCGGACCCGGCCAGGACCUACACUCCGGUGUGUUUGGCGGCACAGCCCACGAACCCAUGACGGACUUGGUUCACGUUCUCAGCAAACUGGUUGAUCCCAAGGGCAAGAUUUUGAUUCCGGGGAUCAACGAAAUGGUGGCGCCGCUGACGGAGGAAGAAAAGGCACUGUACGGCCCCAUCGCAUACACGAUGGACAAUCUGUAUGAGUCUUUGGGGAGCAAGACGGCCAUCUUUGACGACAAGGAGCGGACCCUCAUGGCGCGCUGGCGGUUUCCGUCGUUGUCGAUCCACGGCGUCGAGGGCGCAUUUUCCGCCCCUGGUGCCAAAACCGUUAUUCCUGCAAAGGUCAUUGGCAAGUUUUCUAUUCGUACCGUGCCAGACAUGGAUUCAGAGAAAGUCAACGAGGCCGUGUUCAAGUACGUCAAGGACGAGUUUGCCAAACUGGGCUCCAAGAACACCCUUGACGUGUAUUGCCAGCACGAUGGCAAGUGGUGGGUCGCCAGCCCCAAGCACUGGAAUUUCACUGCGGCCAGCAAGGCCGUCAAGGAGGUCUUUGGCGUCCAGCCCGACUUGACCCGUGAAGGUGGCAGCAUUCCUGUUACUCUCACUUUCGAAGAGGCCACUGGCAAGAAUGUCCUGUUGCUCCCCAUGGGCAGCAGCACCGAUGCCGCUCACAGUAUCAACGAGAAACUCGACCGCAGAAACUACAUUGAGGGUACGAAGUUGUUGGGCGCUUAUCUGCAUUAUGUUGCCGAAGAACCCAUGGUGGAAGCAUGA